CACACCAUCAAUUUCAAACCCCUCUUUUCUCAUCAAACAACCUUAAUUUCUUCGCUUCAUUAUCAUCUGAAAUCAUUCAGUCAUGUCUGACGAAGCAGUUUACCACGACGCCCCCAAAACCCAAGAGUACGACCAAACCACCGCCCCCGUGAAGGUGGAGCCAACGUCGGAGACCGUCGACAAGGAGGAUCGUGGCUUGUUUGAUUUCUUGGGAAAGAAGAAGGAGGAAGAGAACAAGUGCGAAGAGACGGCGAUCUCAUCGGAGUUUGAACAGAAAGUCGAUGUUUCUGAACCGGAACCCAAAUCCGAGGAACAACAUGAAACUUUGUUCCAGAAAAUGCAUAUAUCACAUAGCGGUUCCAGCAGUUCAAGUGAUGAUGAAGAAUGCGAGGAUGGAGAGAAGAAGAAGAAGAAGAAGAAGAAGCCAUUGACGGAGCAGCUGAAGGAGAAGAUAGAAGAACGCAAAGAACGGAAAGAAGAAGAGGAAGCAGUCAAGAAACUCGAGGACGACAGCUGUGUCCCAAUCGAGAAAUACGAAGAAGAAGUGGCGGUGGCGCCACCACCAUACAACACCGAUGUUGGCCACCACACGCCCACCGACGUUGUCCACCAUGAUCCCACUUCCACUCCCGAGGCAGAGGAGAAAAAGGGGAUCAUGGAAAGGAUAAAGGAAAAACUUCCCGGCGGCCACAAGAAGCCGGUGGAGGAGCAGGUUGCUCCUCCACCACCAACGCCAGUAGCUCCGGCGGUGGUGGCACAUGAAGAAGAACCGGAGAAAAAGGGUAUAUUGGAGAAGAUAAAAGAGAAAAUUCCAGGGUAUCAUUCAAAGAGUGAAGAAGAGAAGGAAAAGGAAAAGGUAAAGGAGUGUGAUUAAGUGAAAGUGAAAGUGAAAGUGAAAGCAAAAAUGGUAUGUGGGUCGGGUUGCUUUGCUUUGGUUAAAGGAGUGGGACUCUAUGUAUUAUGAAUCAUGGUUUCUUGCUUUUGGGUUUUUGUUUCUGAAUAAGUGAUUUUUUCAUGUUAUUUGGUUGGAAUUUGUAUUGUGGUGUUGUUGAAUUAUAAGUUCAUACCCGGAUUUGUAUUGUAUAGAAUGUAUUUUGUUUGUAAACAUUUGAUGUCUUUGGGUUAUGAUAUGUUUAUAUGUUAUCA